AUGUUGCACACUUUGUACGGCAAUUCGCUGCGAUGUAACUGCAAUUUCUUUAUUGAGUAUUUUGCGCUCGAUCUUUUGAUGGACAAAGGCCGAUGUAUCGGUGUGAUCGCAAUGUGUCUCGAAGAUGGAACAAUUCAUCGCUUCUGCUCAAAACGAACGAUUAUCGCGACCGGUGGCUAUGGACGUGCGUACUUCAGUUGUACAACGGCACACAUGAAUACAGGCGAUGGCACGGCAAUAGCCACUCGAGCCGGAGUCGCAUUGGAGGAUAUGGAAUUCAUUCAGUUUCAUCCAACUGGAAUCUACGGAGUGGGAUGUUUGAUCACUGAAGGAUCCAGAGGUGAGGGUGGUUAUUUGGUGAACAGUAAGGGUGAGCGAUUUAUGGAAAAGUACGCACCGAAUGCCAAAGAUCUAGCAUCACGUGAUGUUGUUUCUCGAGCUGAAACUAUCGAAAUCAUGGAGGGUCGUGGCGUCGGCCCUGAGAAGGAUCAUAUCUUUUUGCAGCUGCACCAUCUGCCUGCACAACAAAUUCAUCAGCGAAUCUCGGAAACAGCGAAGAUAUUCGCUGGAGUUGAUGUAACGAAGGAACCAAUCCCGGUUAUACCAACAGUUCACUACAAUAUGGGUGGUAUUCCGACCAACUAUAAGGCGCAAGUGAUAACGUACACGAAGGAAGGUGGCGAUAAGAUAAUUCCUGGUUUAUACGCUUGUGGUGAGUGUGCCUGUCACUCCGUGCACGGUGCGAAUCGUCUGGGUGCAAAUUCAAUUCUCGAUGCAGCUGUCUUCGGACGUGCUUGCUCGAUUAACAUCCGAGAUGAGUUGAAACCUGACGAGCGGAUGCCAACACUGCCAGAUGGUGCAGGUGAGGCGUCCAUAGCGAAUCUGGACGCGAUGCGCUAUGCAAAGGGCGAUGUGCCGACCGCUGAGCUCAGGCUUCGUAUGCAAAAAACAAUGCAAAGACAUGCUGGUGUCUUUAGACGAGGCGAUAUC